UGGGGGAGUGGGAAACAAGGCAUGUGAAGAAAAGGGAGUGGAAAAUAAUAUAAAAAGCUACGAGAGAAGAAGAGAAGGAAGGGGGAAAGGUAAGAAAAUAAUCACUGACGGAAAACUGCGAGUUAUGCAGCACAUUUCCAGGAAGAGACAAGAGUGAGCAAUAGAGAAGCACAGUGAAAGGCAAAAAAUAGUGUCCACAGAAAAAGGUCUGCGUGUUUAUCCACCAGCAGGUCACAGUAUGGCACUGUUCCCGUUCUGCAAGACGCCCACAGGGCCAGUCAGAACAUCCAGAAGACAGCUCGUCUUGUGCUGUUUCCUCCUGUCUCUUAUCAUAUAUUUCCUUAAUGGACGUAAAGUUGCUGUCAGAGUCGAUUCAGCUCAUCCUAUCUUUCACGCCUUUGGAAUGGAAAGGGGAAGAAUAAUGACAGACAUGACGGCGGUCAAGCCAGCAGAGCCACAAACCCCUGUGGAGACACCAUGGGGGGCUCCUUUAGUGUGGGGCGACACCCGCAACUCGGCGCGGCGCAGGGCUAAAUUCGCGCAACGGGAAAUCCGUAUAGGUCUGUUGGCCCUCGUGGUGGGAACUUAUGCCCAGUUCAUCCAACGUUUCCUCUCUUCAGCAGAAACCAACUUCCUCCCCGGUCAGAUGGUCACCUAUUACAUUCUCACAGACAAUCCCCGUUCUUUUGAUCCCCCCAUGGAGCUGGGGGCCGACCGAGAGAUGAGGGUGCUCCCUGUUACAGAGCUGCCUGGGUGGCAGAGGUUGGCUCAACGGCGGAUGGUCCUGCUCGCUGAUGCCAUCAGGGACCCAAUCGGCGAUGAAGUCGAGUACAUCUUCUGCGCUGACAUCGACCAGGAGUUUCUGGCUCCUGUGGGAGAGGAGAUCCUGGGAGACCUGGUGGCUACACUGCACCCUGAACUCUACGGGAUGCCACGAAAUGCAUUCCCUUAUGAAGUUGAAGAAGUCUCAUCAGCUUGCGUGGAAGAAGAUGAGGGAGAUUACUACUACACCUCGGAACUGUAUGGCGGGUUGGUAACUGAGGUGUACAAACUGGCUCGUGCCUGUUCUUUGCUUAUUCUGCAGGACCAGUCUAACGGGGUAACAGCCAGGGGCCUCGAGGAGAGCUACCUGAACCGCUAUCUGAUCGACUACAGGCCCACCUGUGUGCUGUCACCAGAGUACAGCUGGUGGGAUUCGGCGCUGGCCGCUCACGUGUCGGUGGAGAGAAUAGUCUCCUGGGGAAGGCAGUGUGAGGCUUAUGAUAAGCAAAAGAGAGAGGAGCACAGAUGUUGAGUUAAUGUAAAAUGAGGGACAGUUCUGCUCAGCAAACUCAUUUAAGUAUGGAUAUAGAUCCAACUCCUGCAUGAAGGACAACUGUUUCUAGUCUAUUUGCUUUUGAGAGGGUCACGCUUCAGCAAAUAUUGUUAUGGCAGGAUGGGGGGAAAAAAGAGAAAGCACAUUUUGCUGUCUUGCUCAUUAAAUUCUAAAUUUUCUCUCCAGUUAGUCAACAAAUGCAGCCUACAAUCACGCAGAAGCACACUAACAAUCUGCACUGAAUUAAAGAUCCAUUUGUGUGAAGAGUGCGUCUCGGUGCGCCUGCUAUCUCUUCCACAGCAGACAAAAAAAAGAAAUUGACCUGUCUCUUUAAACAAAGCACUGUCCUCUCCAUUAAUGUCAGCUUCAGAGAUACUGCUCCAGUGGCUUUGUGGUCAGCAGCGAUAAGAGUAAACAGUGUAAGUGCACACUUUCCCCACAGUGGCCAAUCAUUAACUGGAAGAGCUGCUGUUUCAAGGUUUUUAAAGACCAGGUGGGUGAAAAUGGACCCAGUGGGAUGCUGUCUUUUCCUUGUGUCUAAAAGUCUGAGCUUCAGCAGGAGUUAAAACUGUUUUAGAAUGCUUCAGGAUGUAUUGAAUUGUAUUGCAGACUGUUGUCACGAGUCGAAGUAAAAGGUGAAAUCAAACGA